AUUGCUAAGAAAUUAGUGGGUGAUGUUCCAGAGACAUCGGGCACUAAGAAAAGAGCCCUUCCAGUUAAGGUCGACGCUCCUAAGCCUAAGAGAGCUAAAAUUUCCAAGUCAGCACGCGAUGUAAGUUUCUUUUUGUUGUUUUUCAAUUUUUCUUUAGUUUUUUUCUGGUUGUUCUAUUUGUUGUAUUACAUUUGAUGAUUUAAUGCUUUCCCCAUUUUUGUUCUAGGUUUCCUCAGAUUCUGAUUUUGAGGAUGAAGUGCAUGCUGAGGACCAAAAGCCUAAACUUAAAUCCAAGGUAAUUUUAAAUUGCUUGGUAUCAUUUUAUUGAGUUAAUUUUUACAUCAGCUUUUUAGGUCACUAAUUUAGUUGUUUAUCAUCAUUUUUUUAUGUUUUGUGUUGUUCUUUAUGUAUUUCUGUCAUGUAUUGUGGUUGAUGUUGUUUUCUUGUUUUUAUUCAGUUGUUGUUUGGUUGUUUUAAAAUUAAACAGUUCACUUCGUAUUGUGUUACAGUUAUUUACUGCAAUUUCCCCAUUGGUUGUUUAUAUGUUUAUUGUGAGUUUUUUUUCGGUUGUUUUCCACAAUAUUAGUAUUGAGAAGCAUUUUAGUAAUUUCAUUUUCAACAAGAUGUUACAGUGUUGUUUAUUCUUUAGUUAUUUAUAUGUUUAUUGUGAGUUUCUUUCGGUUGUUUAUCACAAUAUUAUUAUCGAGAAGCAUUUUAGAAAUUUCAUUUUUAACUAGCUUUUACAGUGUUGUUAAUAGUUUUAGUUGUUUAUCUGUUUAUUGUUAGUUUUGUUUUGGUUGUUUAUCAUUAUAAAAUUUUUACUUUUUACAAACAACUACAGUGUUUUAAAUAUAUUUCGUUUGUUUUUCUGUUUAUUGUGAGUUUUGUUUGGGUUUUUUAUGAUAAUUUCAGCAUUCACAACCAUUUUAUAACUUUUAUUUUUUACAAGUUGUUACAGUGUUGUUUAUGUAUUUUUUAAAAGUUGUUUAUCUUUUAUGUUUAUCAUACUGUAACGGUUUCAUAAAUGUUGUUUUUAGGUUUUGUAUUGGUUGUAUUUUGGUUACUACAUUUUAUAUUUACCUUGUUCUUGUUGCUCAGAUUUGUUGCUUAUGUUUUAUUUUGUAUUUCUAUUUUUUUGCAGGUCCAUGUUAGGACCUCAGAGAAGGUUGAAGGUUUUGACUUACCAAAAAAAAAUCCCCCUAAGGUGACCUUUUUUUAAAAAAAAUUGUUUUUAUUAUUUGUUUUCUGUUUCUGUUUUAGUUUUUUUGUUUUGUCCUCAUUUCUUUUGUUUCAAUUGAUACAGGAAUGGAAUUAUAUUUAUGACCAGAAGAAUCUCUUCAUUGCGAAAGCCUUUUCGACUGCUACUUUCCAGGUGAUAGAAAACAUUAAGUCUUGUCUUUCACCUGAACAGCUUGAAAUAUUUUCCAAAACCUGUUUUGGACAUUUCCUUAAGCUUCCUGAUUUUAAAGUUCAACCGCAAGUGUUUCAUGGGUUGUUACUGCGGGAGGUUCAGCAACCUAAUGAUGCUGAGUUGUGGGUAAUGAUACGCGGUGUUAGGCUUAGGUUUAGCAUUGAGGAGUUUGCUUUGAUUACUGGUUUAGACUGUGAAGGUGACUGUAGUGUUUUAGAUUUUAAGCAAGACGUUAAUAGUCUUUCUGAAAAAUAUUGGCCAACUUCAUCCUCUAUCACUAAGGAAUCUGUUAGGGAAUGUUUUACCACCAAGAGGUGGGGUGAUUCUGAUGAGGAUGCUGUGAAGUUGGCAGUUUUGUAUUUUGUGGAAUGGUUCUUGCUUAGUGGCACUAAGCAUAAAAAUGUACCUAGGUCUAUUUUAGAUGUUGUAGACAGUGGGAGGUACAAUGAAUUUGCUUGGGGACGGAGUUCUUUUGAACUGACUAUUUCGUCAUUGAAGGGUAAGCUUGACAGUUGGGUUGAAGGUGUUAGGAAGGCAAGGAGUUCGGGAAAGAGGUCGAGUGUUUUUUACACUUUGAUUGAUUGUCCUCAUGUUUUUCAAAUUUGGUUCUAUGAGUGUUGUAAGUACAUGAAAGGUAAGUAUUGCCAAAAGGAAAACUCUCGUAUUCCAAGGAUUAUUCAGUGGACAUGCAAUAGUCAGCCGACUUUCAAAGUUUUGAAGACUACUAUUUUUGAUGUUUCCAAAGAUAAGCUGGAACUAUCAAAUAUGAGGCCCACUGCUGCUGAGUUCAAAGCUUUGAAAUUGAGCAGUUUCAAGUUUGACACUGACUACAAUUCUUACAAGAGUGUUCCUGUUCCCGAAGAGUCUUCUGUUGCUCAGAGUGACAUUUCUGUCAAGCUUGAUGCUUUUUCAGAGAAAUUUGAUGGGUUGGAGGUGAAGAUCGAUUUGCUGCAUACUUCCCAACAGAAGAUUUCUUCCGAUUUGGUUGAGUUGAAAGAGUUUGUGUCUGCACAGUUUGUUUCUUUUGGUGCUCAGAUGGCUUCAAUGCAGACACAGUUUUCUACUGUUUUUGCCGAUUCUUAUGCUAAGGACAAAGGCAGUGACUCUUCCAAUGAUGAUGGUGGAAGUGGUAAUGAAGAAGAUUUUGAUUUAGAUGAAUCUGAAGAAACUGAUGACAAUGAAGAAGAGAAUGUUAUGGGUGAUGAAGAAGGUGAGGGUAGUGAAGGUGAAAAGAAGGAUGGUCAAGCUGAUGAAGAUUCUGAGUCAAAAGAAAAAAAAUGA